AUGCCCCGCCCCUGUGCCCUAGCCGUCCUCGCUACGCCAUACGUGGCCGGUGUCUGGCGGCUGUUCCUGGAGCGGCCUGGGCUGGCGCUGGAGGGCUUCUCGUGGCUGGCGGAGUUCGCGCUGGGCUCGGCGAGGUGCGAGGAGUUGACCUUCGCGGCUGCUUGCGACUGCGGGAACGUGAGCUUCGAGGCCCGCGAGUGCAGCCCGUGCCCUGCUCCUGAGAGGUGCCCCGAGUUCGCGGGACCGCCCUGGGAGCCGGAGUGUCAGGAGGCGCCAUUGCUCGCCUCUGUGGACGAGCCGGAGUCGACGCCAGUCGGUUGGUGGCAGCUGAGCUUCGGCCUUGGGAACAUGGCGCUCGCCGACCGCACUACGCUAUUGCCAGGGCACACGUUCGUGGUGUUCUUCGAGGGUGACGCCUGGGGGCACGAACGAGUACUUGCGUGGCCGCUCUCGGCCUCGUGUUGGCUGAUCUACGCAGCCAAUGGAGACUUCUAUGGGGAGGAUACCGCGCUGUAUGACAAGGUCGUGGCGCUCAAGUCCUUGGGGGAGCGACCCGCAGGGCUGGAGGCCGAGUCGAUCGUGCAGUUCGACGGCCCCAUCCAGCGGGGUGAGUUCCUGGACCUGAUGGAGUCCGCUCAGAGGCACGUCGGCGUGCUGAGGGGCCAGCGCGGACUGCCAGACUGGCCUGCACCCACGCGCUGGAUCACGGCCGAGGGGAUGCUGGAGGCAGUGCCGCGGCCUCGGCGGCUCGCCGGGCGGGGCCGCCUUCCCAUGCCCGGCCCACCCCUGCCGUUGACGGCAGCCGCGCGUGCGCGGUCGGGGCCGGGUGGCGACCUUCGUGGCGACCUCUUGGGUGCCGCGCUCAGCAGGGCCGAGGCCGGGGGUGCGCCCGCCGUAGUCUGGCGAGUGGCCGAACCUGGACUGGAGAUCGGCGACAUCGGCACGGAGGUUGCUCCGCGCUUGCUUGCGUUCGCAGGCCGUGUGCAUGGAGUGGCGGUGACCGACGCCGGCAUGGAGGUCCCAGUGAUAGGCGUCGACCCCAGCAUGACCUUGGAGGACUUCAGGACCCAGAGGCUGGCGCUGUUCUCGCCACCGACGCCGCGUGGGGCGCCGUCAGCCGCCGUCGAGCUGGACGCCGAUCCUGUCGCAGCUUUCCGCCGAGAGGCUGGCGGGCGCGAGGCAGACGUCGCGGGCGUCGGCAGCCCGCUCGAGGAGCGGCAGGUGGCCGCUCCAGCUGCCAGCGCAGAGGAGCCCUCCGCGGACGUCCGAGUGCUCGCGGUCGACUGGGACUCGCAGGGAGAGAGGCACAAGGAUUGGAAGAUGGUGUGCGGUGAGUCAGUCUCGCACUAG